AGAACAUGGCAAGAUCGAGGGGUCUCGCAUCGCGGCACAGUUCCGUGAUAUAAACUGCCAAGUUUCCAUCUCAACCUUUACAGUCAAACAGCAAUAAGACAAUUGCCAAAACAAUCAACCUCAUUGACCCGAACAAGAAUACUAUUACUCGCAUAUUAUUUACACAUUUUGUUACCAUGGCAGCUCCUCCGGCUUAUCAGGCCGUGGAUGAUACACCUGCACCCGGCCCAGAUGACCUCACAGCACCCUUCACAGAUCUUCAAAUCGACUCUCUCCCCCACGAACCAGACUCCAGCACCUGCCUCGCCCAUCUCCGUCUUCUUUUCGCAUUUGAAGCGCUAAAAGAAGACAUUGGCUACACAGAUGGUCUUUGGGGAUUAUGGGAUACUCGCGCCGAUGGAAACAUUGUAGUCCAUGAGAAUGGCGACGUUGACGAACAUCCCGCUGCGGGGGAGUUUAACCAUGAGCUAGAGGAUAAGAAGAAGUCGCUGAGUAAAGUGCGUGAGAAACGCUGGGCGCUGUUUGUCGCGAGGGCUGUUGAUCGGUAUGAGGCGUGGUGGAAUUCACUGCCGAGGGAACUGAUGCCUCUUACGGAGAAUGAUAUGAGUGAUAAGAAUUCUCCGUCUUUUGUGCAGUUUCCUAUCGGAGAGUCGCCUCGUUGGUGGGAGAAGAAGACCCUUCCCCCUCUUGAUGUCCUGAUGGUAUAUCACUCUCACAUGCUGAACCCCUACAACUUCCUCGAAGACUGCAUCCGCCAAGGCCACCGUCAAUUCUGGCAGUCCGGCAUGCCAUGGAGUCUCGUCAACGCCGCGAUCGACGGCUCCUUCAGCUACAACGUCUCUGACGACGACAAGGCACGCUGGGUCGCCCAAACAGGCCGUCAAUGGGACAACGUCGACGAUCCCCUCGUCAAGACAAUCGCCUGCCCUAACAAGAAUUGUGCUCAACCAUUUGACGUUCCAUGGACUACCUGCGGUCUCGAAGAAACACCCAAGUCGCCAGACCGACCAGGCUUAAUGGGCGCAGGCUACGGUGACAUCAGAUUUGAGGCGCGAUGUCCAAAGUGUAACACCCGCAUCACCAAAGAGACUCUCAGUGUCGCCAAGUUCUGCAAAGAUGCAGAUAAUAUCAUUUUCAAGAGUCAGCCUAUGCCUGGAACGAUGCUCUGGCCCAACAGCGGAACACCCGUUCCCAUCACCGUGCGUAAAGGAUCUCUAUUUGAUCAGCGCAUGUUCCCCAAUCGCAUGAUUCAGCAUGUUUUGCGCCUUCAAAUCCAGAAUCUUCUUGAUUCACCGGAUCCCGAGGAACCGCCUACUAUGGAGACUGUGCGCAAGUUGAUUGAGUCUGAGGCGCUUCUCAAACCAAGUGCUCUCGCUACUAUCCACGGCAACGUCGCAAGCGGACGAAUGGGCCUCGUACCAGCGUUCUCGAAAGUCUGUAUCCGAAAGAUGAUGUCCCGCUACUGGGAGAACUUCAGCCCUUUUGCUCUUGAUCUCUGCGGCGCUGUGAUGCGACAGGGAAUCUUUGCUGAAAAGAUGUGCAAGCUUGAUUGGCUACACUCUCCCACCGCGCGAGAGACCAUGGACAGAUGCUGCUUGAAGUAUAAUCGCUUCAUGAGAAUCAUCGCCAAGAACCCCAAGAAGACUGCUGUUCCUACCCUCGAUGUUGAUCUUGGCUGGCAUACUCAUCAACUCAUGCCAUUGUCGUACUUUAUGUACACGACGAAGCGAGUGUUCAAGUAUGUAAGACAUGACGACAAGAUUGAGGAUGAGAAGUUGAACGAUGGGUUUGAGUGGACGAGCAAGAUCUACCAAGAGAUGUUUGACGAGGUUUACUCAGAGUGUACAUGCUGGUACUGCGAAAGCGUGAGAGCCGCGCACGUCACAUCAAUCGGACGAGUUCUCAAGCUCUCCCACAGCGAGAAGAUUGCCGACAAGUUUUAUGAGUCCGGAGCAGCAGAUAUGUGUCCUCCCGACAACUCGGCCCAUAUCUCCUCUCACAACGCCGUCCGAACGUCAAACGAGGGCCUCGUCGCAGCAAGCCACCUUGAAAAAGUGCAAAACAGACUGCGUGAGGUUCAAAACAAGCGUCUCGAAGAGAACUACCAAAAAGCGUGCAAACGCGCCGAGAAGAAGGGUCGCAAGCUUCCUCCCAAGGACCAGUACUACGACCACUGGGGUUAUUCCUACUGGAUGUACGGACCUUUUAUGGCACCCGUUGUUUUUGUUCCGGUGGCGUACGCCUAUGGAGCUGCGCCUGGCUGUGCGGCGGGAAGUUGUGGAGGUAAUGCAGCGGGCGGAGGAUGUGCGGGUGGUGGAGAUGGUGGUGGUGGAUGUGCUGGGGCGGCUUGUUCUGGAGCAGGAGGCUGUGGAGGAGGAGGAUGCGGCGGUGGAGGUGGAUGUGGAGGAGGAGGAGGUGGUGGUGGUUGUGGUGGUGGAGGAGGCUCUUAAGCAGUUCGUCGGUAUAUCAGUGGAUGAAUAAGUUGGUUGGGAGAAGAAUGUCUUGAGUGAUGCCCCUAUAGAUAGCUAAUUUGACCUAUGUUACUCACCAGAGACUGAACAAUCCUUUCAAUAAUUAUGUCUCCCUUAUGCGUCUAUCUGGAUCUAUCCCUCAAGCAAACGGCCCUUCAAACAACCACUUCCCAAUCACCUUCUGAGCCUCUACCAACUUCAACUCAGCAUCCUUCGACAACUCUUUAUCCCCAUGAAGCUUCACCAAAUUCUCAUACUUAUCAUACGCAUGAAUCUGAUCCGGAAUCAACAGCCAUCUAUAAUUUCCUUCUUUCGUCUUCGUCUCAAACGAAUACCUCUCAUCAUCCAGUAUCAACUCCCCUUUAGGCCCAAUAGUCUCUCUUCCCACAGUUUCAUCUCCAAUCUCACGACCCGUCAGUCCACAGAUCAUUCUCCAUGAUUCUCCUGCCAGCAUAUCAAGCUCGCACGCGAGGAAGAACAAAUUAGGCGGGAGUUGAUCUUUAUCGGCGUAAAUAGGAUUCAACAAUGGAUCGUGAUGAUCUUGACCAGGUACAGAGUACGCAGCUUCAAAAACAGGUGAAAGCGGAAACAGCAUAUCCGUCGUCUUUGCUCGAAACCCUCCAAACGAGGGUUUCCACUGCCGAGUCUGUAUCUUGUACUCUCGCCUCACAGACAUAUCGACCACUGGAUACAUAGGCACAGCAGUCUUGAUACGGCGCACGCCAUCGCCACUGCCGCACAUGCUCGGGAGUAGGGAUACAGAGAGCGCUAGGUUUCCGCCAGCGGAGGAACCCAUGAUUGCAACGCGGUCAUGGUCAAUUGGUAGCGAUGAGUCGGCGAGAACUGCCAAGACAAGCGCUUCGAGGUCGUAAGUUGGGGUUGGGAAGUGUACAUGCGGUGAUUUGGAGUAGUUCAGCGCAACGACGAGAACAGAGUGCAUGUUGGCGAAUGUGUAGUUGAAGUGGUCGUCAUCACGAGGAUCGCCCAUGACGAAACCGCCGCCGUGGAUGGUAAAGACCGUAGGAAGCUUUUCUUCAGUGGUUUUGUCAAAGGUUUUGGGAAAGAAUAUUCUAUGACAUUUAGAUUUUGUCAGAGGUGUGAGUUAAAGACUUACCGUAGGGACAACUUUGGUCGGCAGGCGUAUGUUUUGGUAAGAGUCGGCGCGUUGGCAGGUGUGACGAUCUUUUCUUUCAGUGAAAGGCCAUAAUUCGCAACGACGAUAAAUGCUCGUAGUGCAUAGGCUAUGACUGAACAUUUGAUGGCGGUUAGCUUGGGAAGAGGCUCUUUGAAGCGCCGAUGAGCUGCCUCCAGGGUGAUUUUGUCGUCUGGCAUGGUGGAGAAGCGUGUUCAGUGCGUCAACAAGAUCAAUUGAGUGGAACACCUGAGGGCCAACAGAGAACAGUCUAUUCUGCGCCAGAGCAAGAAGAUGUGCAGAUUGGGAUAAUAAGUAGUGUCUCGUGCCC